AUGUGCAGGCCCGAGGCCGGCUCUCGCCCCCGCAGAGCGGCCCGCGUGCCCUUCGGCUGCCCCUUGCAUGCGGCGCUCGCUGUGCACGCGGCUGCCUCCUGCCCUCACCUGUCCCGUGUCCCCUGCGCUCCCCUUAACCCCAGCCUCCCGCUUCAGGCCGGUUUCGCUGCGCCUGCUGUCAGAGGGGGGAGUGGCCCAGGAUUCUCGGGGAGGGGGUCAUCUUUCCAGGUGAUCUUAGGAUGGGGGGCGGGUGCAGCUCACGCCUACAGAGGCCUGAGAGGUUACCCCUUGGCCGUUUGCCACCAGGAAGCCUGGUCGCUGUGCAGUAGCCAUCUUGGGCACCCUUGGUCCUGUGGAAGGAAAGGGCGGGCAGGGAUAGGAAAGGCAGGCCCCGCUUGCUGUGCUGCUCAGCGCCCCUCCCCGCCCUCUGAGGAGACCCCAGCCCUGGGCCUCAGCGCUCUGCUGACCCUCUGUAUCCCAUUCUCCCCGCAGGGCAUCGAGCGCCUCCAACGAAAGAACCAGCGCAGGCAACGCAGGGGCAGCUGGAAAUCGGUCAAAGAGACCUUCGGCGGGGCCUUUUCCCUGCACUGGUUCAACCCCUUCUCCGGACCGAGUCACCCAAAGCCGCUGAGCGACAGAGACUGGGUGCGACAGGUGUCCUCGGUGUCAGACACGGAGAACACGGAGACCACAACGGAGGAGCCGUCGGAGGAGCGGAAGGACUUGGACUCCGCGGAGGUGGUCGAUGAUUAUUGCACCUGGCUGGGUAGAAAAGACUGA